AAUAGUUCCGCAGCUUCUUGAAAUACUGGCUUCCUAGACCCUGAAGAGAUGAAGUGGACCAGUCUGAUACUGAUUUUCCGACUUCUCCUCCAGGCGGCUCCAGGUUUUUCAGCCGAUUCGGAACCAGAAAUUCUUGACCUUCUUUCUUUGUCAGAGUACAGAGGUUAUGUGGACCUGCUACAACAAGCUCUCACUGAUACUCCUACCGUGAAUGAAUUCUAUAUUGUGUCAACGUUUAAACUGCAACCAAAAUCCCUUGCUGCCAUUUUUGGACUUUAUUCCACCAGAAGCAAUAUUAAGUACUUUGAAUUUUCUGUGUUGGGCCGAUUAAAUAAAGCCAGCCUUCGUUAUUUGAAAAAUGAUGGGAAGCCACAUGUGACCACAUUUCACAAUGUCCAGCUAGCAGAUGGGAAGCGCCAUGCUGUUAUACUGCAGAUAAAGGGGCUGGAGCACGGGCCUAGUACAGCUGAGCUCUAUGUAGACUGUACACAAGCAGGUGCAGCUCACAACUUACCAGCCUUGUUCACAAGCAUGCCACAGACUGCAGAUUCCGUCGAAAUUCGAACUGUCCAGAGAAGAGCACAGGAUGCUGUUCAGGAGAUGAAACUUGUUCUUGGAGGGCCUGUCUCUAAAGUGGCAGCACUGCAGCAUUGCAUGUUGCAACAAAGUGACUCUGCUGGAAUUGCGGGUGAUACGGGAAGACUUUUGGUUACCCAGAUGACACAACUCAAUUCACUGCUUACAGAAAUGAAACAGCUUCUCAGACAGCAGGUUGCAGAAACCACUUUGUUGCGUCAUACCAUUGCAGAGUGUCAAGCGUGUGGUAUUGGAUUGAUUGAGUCAGAGGCAGAAAUUGAACCCCCUGUGAUCCCUACCAUUUCUAAACCCAGAUGUACUACUCGUUCUUGUUUCCGAGGUGUGCAAUGCACUGAGACUCAGGAUGGUUUCCACUGUGGUCCCUGCCCCGCAGGAUUUAUAGGUGAUGGAAUUCGGUGUACCGAUAUAGAUGAGUGCCAGGUGAACCCAUGUUCUUCUGGAGUUAGCUGUGUGAACACUUUCCCUGGCUUCAUGUGUGAGGCUUGCCCAGCAGGUUAUACUGGACGGAGAGUCCAAGGGAUAGGAUUGGAAUAUGCAACACUAAAUAAACAGGUCUGCAUUGAUACAGAUGAAUGCAGUGAUGGAAAGAAUGGAGGCUGUGCUGAAAAUUCCCAGUGCAUUAACACCAUGGGAUCAUUCAGAUGUGGAGCCUGUCAGACUGGAUAUGUUGGAGACCAACAGAGCGGUUGCAAGCAACAGAAGAGCUGCAGCAACAGUCUCCUGAACCCCUGCCACGCAAACGCACAGUGCUUUAUGGAAAGGGAUGGCAUCAUUUUAUGUACUUGUGGAAUCGGCUGGGCUGGAAAUGGUUACAUAUGUGGCAAAGAUACCGACAUCGAUGGCUAUCCUGACCAGGAUCUCAGGUGCCCAGAUAAGAGCUGCAAAAAGGAUAACUGCAUAUUUGUUCCCAAUUCCGGACAAGAAGAUGCUGAUGGUGAUGGGGCAGGUGAUGCUUGUGAUGAUGAUGCAGAUGGAGACGGUAUUUUCAAUGGACAGGAUAACUGUGUGCUAGUUCGUAAUGUCAAUCAGCUGAAUACUGAUGAAGAUAACUAUGGAGACGCCUGUGACAACUGUCGAAUAUCAAUUAAUAAUGACCAGAGUGACACAGAUAGUGAUGGGAAAGGUGAUGCCUGUGAUGAUGAUAUGGAUGGAGAUGGGAUCAAAAAUUUCUUGGACAACUGUCAAAGAGUUCCCAAUGUUGACCAGAAGGACAGAGAUAGUGAUGGUGUCGGUGAUGCUUGUGAUAGCUGUCCUGAUGUCAUCAAUCCUAACCAGUCAGACAUCGAUAAUGAUCUUGUUGGAGAUUCCUGUGACACAAAUCAAGACAGUGAUGGAGAUGGGCACCAAGACAGCAAUGACAACUGCCCCACCGUCAUUAACAGCUCCCAAUUGGACACAGAUAAGGAUGGACUUGGAGAUGAAUGCGACGAUGAUGAUGACAAUGAUGGAAUUCCGGAUGUUUUUCCACCUGGCCCAGAUAAUUGCAGGCUGGUAGCCAAUCCAGGGCAGGAGGAUGAUAACUUUGAUGGAGUGGGAGAUAUUUGUGAAGGUGAUUUCGAUCAUGAUACAAUCAUUGACAGAAUAGAUGUUUGUCCUGAGAAUGCAGAGGUGACUCUAACUGAUUUCAGAGCUUACCAAACUGUUGUUCUCGACCCUGAAGGAGAUGCACAAAUUGAUCCAAACUGGGUUGUACUUAACCAGGGUAUGGAAAUUGUGCAGACGAUGAACAGUGAUCCUGGCCUGGCAGUUGGUUAUACUGCUUUUAAUGGAGUUGAUUUUGAAGGCACUUUCCAUGUAAACACCAUGACAGACGACGACUAUGCUGGGUUUAUAUUUGGAUAUCAGGACAGUUCUAGCUUCUAUGUGGUGAUGUGGAAACAGACUGAGCAGACCUACUGGCAAGCUACCCCAUUCCGUGCAGUGGCCGAGCCUGGUAUUCAGCUAAAGGCAGUCAAGUCAAACACUGGACCAGGUGAGCAUCUACGAAAUGCACUCUGGCACACAGGAGACACCACAGACCAGGUCCGACUACUAUGGAAAGACCCCAGAGAUGUGGGUUGGGAAGACAAGGUCUCUUACCGCUGGUUUUUGCAGCAUAGACCCCAAGUUGGAUAUAUCAGGGCGAGGUUUUAUGAAGGUUCUGAUCUGGUGGCUGAUUCUGGAGUUACAAUAGACACCACCAUGCGAGGCGGACGACUGGGUGUCUUCUGUUUUUCCCAGGAAAACAUUAUCUGGUCCAAUCUCAAAUACCGUUGCAAUGAUACAGUUCCUGAAGAUUUCCAGGAGUUUCGGGCACAGCAGUUGUAGCCACUUCUUGAAGAGGCUGUAGCAGAGAGGUCCACGAGAAGCUAGUCCUGACUAUCUGGGGGAUAAAACAGCUGGGAAAGGAAGAAUUGUGCUUAACAAGUAAUGUAAACAUAGUUUAUGUUACAGAGCUGUCUCUGACACUUAUAUGAGACAUUCCAAUAAAAUAUUUUAAGAA